AUGUCCUGUUUUAGCUGCUUCAGCUCAAAGUCUCAGAAGGCCGCACUCGACGACCCGGCCCCAGCGAGUACAAAACCCGCACAAACCGAGAAACCGAAAGCAGCAGAACCCACCUCCACCUCCACUGCACCGAACAACACCAUGGCUCCCAACGUCGCAAUCAUCAUCUACUCCAUGUACGGCCACAUUGCCAAGCUCGCCGAGGCCGAGAAGGCCGGCAUCGAGUCGGCUGGCGGUAAGGCCACCAUCUACCAGAUUUCAGAGACGCUCCCGCAGGAGGUUCUGACGAAGAUGCACGCCCCGGCCAAGCCCGACUACCCCGUCCUCGCCCCGAACGACAUUGCCCAGUUCGACGCCUUCCUCCUUGGUAUUCCCACUCGCUAUGGCAACUUCCCCGCCCAGUGGAAGGCCUUCUGGGACGCCACUGGUCAGCUCUGGGCUGGCGGCAAGCUUCACGGCAAGUUCGCUGGUCUCUUCAUCUCGACCGCCUCGCCAGGCGGUGGACAGGAGUCCACGGCCAUCGCUGCCAUGAGUACGCUUGCCCACCAUGGCAUCGCCUAUGUUCCUCUCGGCUACGCCACAUCUUUCGGUCAGCUCACGAACCUCUCCGAGGUCCACGGCGGCUCGCCCUGGGGCGCCGGCACUUUCGCCGCUGGUGACGGUUCUCGCACUGCGAGCGCGCUCGAGCUCGAGAUUGCCAACAUCCAGGGCAAGUCCUUCUGGGAGUUCGUCGCCAAGGCGUUCUAA